GGGGAAUCUUCAUAAGCUGCCAAAAUGUGGGGUGUACACUGGCGUUGUGCUAUCUUCAUCAUAACCACCAUUGUUGCUGAGCUAAACAUAGAGGGCAAAAGUACCCCUUCACCCAAGUUUACUAAGAUUAAAGCUGGUGAAAUGGAAGGCACUGACAGCCUUGACACGUCCAUUGCUCCGCCAACUGAAGAAAACCUCUUCACUCAAGUGGCCGAAACCAGUGAGACGACGACGGAGUUGUCCACUCCAAACUAUGCCUUCCGAACAGCCACCACCCUUUUUCCUUUUGAGAACUUUACUCUUGACACUGCUGACUUCUUCUUUAACUGCUGUGAUUGCUGUGCUGCAACACCAGGGGAAAAGGGGGACCCUGGAAUGCCUGGACUGCAAGGGCUUAAAGGAGAAAUAGGAGAAAAAGGCCACCCAGGUCCACCAGGAAUUCCUGGUGUGCUAGGCCCAAAAGGAUUUAAAGGAGAAAAAGGAGAUAAAGGAGAACAUGGUGACCAAGGACCAAAUGGAACCCCAGGAUAUCCAGGAAAACCAGGAGAACAAGGUGAAACUGGAUUUAAAGGAGACAAAGGACACUAUGGACUGCCGGGCGUAAAGGGGCAAAAGGGUUCCAAGGGGGACACUUGUGAGAACGGGACCAAAGGAGAGAAGGGAGACAAAGGGGAGUUGGGAUUACCAGGCACUGACGGGGAUAAUGGAGAGAAGGGAGAAAAGGGGGACCUUGGUGAGAAGGGCCACUGUGGAGAUCCUGGUGAUAAGGGAGAAACAGGGGAGAGGGGGGAGAUUGGGCUCAAAGGGGAAAAGGGUAUCAAAGGAGACGUGGGAGUGGAAGGUGUCCAUGGUGUGGAUGGGCUAAAAGGAGAAAAGGGUGAUCUAGGUAUUAGAGGUGAAAAAGGUCAUCCUGGACCCCCUGGGAUCAUGGGACCUCUUGGGCCAAAAGGAAUUCCUGGAUUCAAAGGGACCCGGGGAGCUCCUGGGAAGAAAGGUGCCAGAGGUCCAAAGGGCGCAAAGGGGGAGGCUCCAAAUAGCCCAAGGUCAGCGUUCAGUGUUGGCUUAUCCAAGCCUUUCCCACCCCCUAACGUGCCUAUUAAGUUUGACAAGAUUCUAUACAAUGAUCAGGAAGAUUAUAACUCCAUGACAGGGAAGUUCAACUGCAGCAUUGCUGGGGCUUAUAUCUUCUCCUACCAUAUGACCAUUCGAGGGCGGCCAGCCCGAAUUAGCAUUGUGGCCCAAAACAAGAAGAUGGUCAGAACUCGGGAGACCCUCUAUGGCCAAGAGAUCGACCAGGCUUCAUUCCUUACCAUUUUGAAAUUAAACAUAGGAGAUCAGGUUUGGCUGGAGGUCACGCGAGACUGGAAUGGUGUUUAUGUUAGUGCUGAAGAUGACAGCAUAUUCUCUGGUUUCCUUUUAUAUCCAGAUGAAAUAGUUGACACCUUACUCGGUAGUGGUCUCACUUUGAUGGUCCACCCCAGGCGCUUUAUGGAUCCUGAUGGUUUUGGGAAGGCUCUUGGGGAUGUUCCCAGCAAUCUGGUGGGCACCUCUCCAGAGCAGCUCAUUGAGGCCUGGAACAUCAAGGCCAUGAAGGCUCUGGAUGAGAUUGCCCCUAAGCAGACUCUCAAGAUUAGUGGAUCCUGGCUUCCUUGGUUUACUCAGGAGCUUAGGAAGAUGAAGCACCUUAAGAGAUGCCUGGAGAGCUGCUGA